UUAUCAGUUUACGGCGUUGUGUAACGACGCCAGAGGGUAGCAAGUGCCAUUUCUUUCAGAUGUAAUCGAACUUCCCUGGGAAGACAGACGUGCGCGCAGAACCAAAGGUGCACAAACAUGGUUUGUGCGUUCAAGACAGCAGGAUUCACCCUCGUAUUAUGGUGUGGCGUUGCGCUGGCGGCAGAGAUCACCCUCACCGUGUUACACAACAAUGAUGUCCACGGUCGCUUCGAAGAGGUAAUGCCAGGAGGGUCCCGGUGCACGCAAAAAGCAGCGGCGGAAGGAUUAUGUGUUGGAGGCAUCGCUCGCCAGAAGACUGUAGUUAACCGUGCGAAGUCGAUCAACAGCCGCACAUUGUUUCUAAACGCUGGUGACUAUUACCAAGGAAGUCUGUGGUACUACCUGUUGGGAGCUGAUAUUGUUGUCCGUGCUGUCAACUACCUCAAACAUGACGCUAUGACACUUGGCAAUCACGAAUUCGACAAAGGUCCCAGCGCUGUGGCUCCUCUUUUACAAGGAAGCGAAGUGCCCAUCUUAGGCUGCAAUGUGGAUUUGAGCGGCGAGCCUCUGCUUAAGGGCCUUCCGCUACGUCCUUCAAUGAUGCUGAACGUAGCCGGACAAAAGAUUGGACUCAUCGGCUACCUUACUCCCAAGACAGAGUACCUUUCACGCCCUGGCAAGGUGGCAUUCACGGAUGAAAUCCAGUGCAUUAAGGCGGAAGCCACUAAAUUAAAGAGGGAGGGAGCGAAUUUCAUCAUUGCCAUGGGCCACUCUGGUGUUCCCAAAGAUAUAGAGAUCGCCAAAGCUGUGCCAGAAGUUGGUUUGGUCGUUGGUGGUCAUACGCAUACUUUUCUCUACUCUGGCCCGAUGAACGGCAGCACUGCAUUUGGAGACAGGUCAAUGGGUCCUUACCCAAUUGUCGUUGAUCGCAAGGAUGGCACAAGGUGCCUAGUAGUCCAGGCCUUCUGGCUGGGGAAGUAUAUGGGGUAUAUCAACGUCACAUACGAUGACGUUGACGGACAUGUACUCAGAUGGGACGGACAACCCGUGCUUCUGGAUAACAGCAUCCCGCAAGAUCCCGAUGGCCUUGCACUUUUGGACGAGUACCGCCCACUGGUAGCAGUGAAAAGGGCAGAGAAGAUAGGUGAAACCAAAGUACAUCUGCCAUGUGACAAGGUUACAUGUCGUCUGAAAGAGUGCAACCUGGGCAAUCUUAUCACAGAGGCCAUUCUUAAACACUUUGCCACUCUUCCAAGCACCGCGGGCUCAUGGUCAAGAGUUGCGGCUGCCAUCGCAAACAGCGGGGGAUUCAGGGCGCCCAUCGAUGAACAGAGUACUGGGGGCAAUGUGACGUUCGAAGACGUGGUGAACGUGAUUCCAUUUGGCAACACAUUGGUGCUGGUCAACCUUACAGGAGAGCAACUGAAGGGCAUAGUCGAAUAUGGUGUGUCCGACCAUGACAUUACUGGCGCCACGACCCACGGAGAGUUUUUACAGAUGGCAGGUUUAAGAGUGCGGUACGACAUAAAUAGGGCCCCGUGGGACCGCGUCGUUCAAAUGGAGAUACUUUGCACUGCAUGUCGUAUACCAAGAUAUGAGGUCGUUGAACCAGCUAAGGUCUAUCGAAUUGCUACCAUCAGUUACAUGGUCAACGGAGGGGACAACUUCGACUUUUCGUUCGUCGCUGUUCAAGAUAAAUAUGACACAGGUGAUACUGACUUGGACGUCGUGAUCUCGUACGUGAAGGCCAACACUCCUAUAACAACGGGAUUGGAUGACAGGAUCUCAUUUGUAGAGACUUCAGCCGGUCAUUCUUCGUCCGCCAGUGGAGCUCACGUUUUAUCCUGGUUCCUUAGUGUUACUUGCGCUAUCCACUUUUCGCUCGUAACGAUUUUCUGACCUGUAGCCCUUGCAGCGCGAAGAACCAUCAACAUGACGAUGCGCGGGAAGGAUGGGCGAUCUUGGUCAUCUCCUCAACUUUGGUGGGGAGAACACGCGGCUUGUGGACAGUGAGGACCAUAUGCUGGCAAAUCGUACAGUUGCGGGGUUCGCAACCCGCAAACGUACAGUGCUGGACCAAAGUUUACGGAACACGCCUCUGAGCAUUCCUUCCUCCAGAUGACACGUCAGCAGCGAAUGGGACCGUACGGACUUACAGACAUCUGCUUAGGUAACCCAGUCACCUGUUUGCAAGUCCGUACGAUACCAUUCGCUGCUAGCGUGUCACUGUGAAGAAGGCAUGCGCAAGAGCGUGUUCCGUAAACUUACAUAUGUACAUAUAUGCGCAUAUACGAUAAGUCGCGGACUCUACGGGGUGGAUCAAGUAACUCUAAAAAGAACGCUGGUACAAAACGCGAGAAUAAAACCAACGACAUUCGUCUUUGGGCACGUAAGAUUCUUUCUGUUUUUUUUUUUUUUUUUUUUUUUUUUUUUGUAUUCUGCCCGAUUAAGGUAGGUAGUUAAGGAUGAUUAACGAACAGUUUACAUAUAUCGACUUAACGGCAUACGUUGUAGUUCGAAACUUGUAAAUCGCCCCCUAUAGAAACAUCUGAUUCAGUUGUUUCCAACAUGCUACCUGUUGCGCAGUUCUUUUUCCUGGCGAACCAGGGACGAUUAAUUGCGAGACCGCGGCCAAUACGAAAUGAGUGACACCGUUCUUCUUCGUCCUGCAGGAGUGUUAGCUUUCAUUCAUACCAUCAGAAGAAGAAAACAAACCGAAAAUAUUCGUGUUCUACGUUGACAACGUGGACGCAAACAAACACGUUUCAUGUUGAUCAACCUAGUGUCCGUUGAAGUUAUCCCACGUCCUUCAUUUCGCCCGUUCAAUGAAAACCCGGCGAAAUAUACACAAAUAAUACGGGGGCCGUGCUAACUGUGGUGAGAUUUUUUAAUGCCAUUUUCCAAUGACAAUAAAUGGCGAUGUAUGGGCCAAGUCCGCCACCUUAC